GGAGCGGAGGAGCCCGGCUCGCUCCCGGCGGCGGGGAAAGCGCACAGGAUCGCGGCGCUGGCUCGCACAGGAGUCCUUGGACCCAUGUGCCUGGCGAACUUCCUUAGCAUUAUCUUUCCUGAGGAAACAGAUCUGGCGUGGAGGGAACCGAAUGUCUCCAUGUUCCACGGAGCAAGAAUGCCGAGAGUGAUGUGGGGGCCUGACAUCCCACAAAGGAAGCAGCCAGGCUCUGGAUGACAAAUGAAGAACCCUGGGUUUCCAGACACGCACCCAUAGGUGGAGUGGUUCCCUAGGUGGACGCUGUGGGUGCAGAGCUGCCACCCAGGACUCAGACACAGCUGGGCUGCACAACUGGAGGCUAAAACGGAACUGAAGCCAAGGAUUUAAAUGUGAUUACAGCCCCUAGAGGAUCUACUGGUCCUGGGGCUACAGCGUUGGUGGCAAGGUGACACAAGAGUCAAAUGAAGGUCAUGCCAUGGUGGACCAGGAGCAUUUAACCACAGUUCUGCAGAGGAGCCAUACAAGAGAGUCACAGCUCAGGGCUGUUGGACAUGGGAACUGCAACAAAACUUUGGCACUGAGCUGGUUGGUUCACCCACCUCCACCCCAGCGGGUAUAGCCAGAGUUGAGGAUCCCGCGGUUCAAAAGUUCAGUGGGCGUUGGGCGCGUCCUCCUCACAAGAGAGGGGAGUGGGAAGGGCAAGGUGGGAGUGGCGUGAACGGGGAGGGAGGUGGACAUAUGUGAAAUCUGAUCUGGUGCCAAGGAAAGGGUGUGCUGCCAAAGACCCCAGGGCAAAGGACGCUCAGCCUCCACCAGGCAUGUGUGACUCCUGAGCUGGCAGAGGUUGCCCGCAACACAAAACACUCAUGGAGAACUCUGUGGCGCCUUUCAUCCUCUACCCGGGGACUGAGCCCGGGACUCCGGGAGAGGACAGCUUGCCGCUGCCAGCCGAGGAGGAGGGCGCUGUGUCCCCGGCUCAGACACCCUGCAGCCUCAGCACCUCGCUGUGCUUCAGCUCCGGGGAUGACUCCCCACCGCAGUCUCGCGCCUCUGCCGCGGAGGGCGCCGAAGCCUCUCCUCCUCCUCCCCAUCGCAGCGACUUGCGCGUGGUGGAGACGCAGUGGGAAGUCAGCAGCGCCGCGUCCCCGGAGUCCCCGGAAGAGUGCGCGCACCCGGAAGAGCCCGCGUCGCCCGAGGAGCCCCCUUCCCGCCACGAGGACGCGCGUCCUGUGGAGUCUCUAGACGAGCUCGGGGAGCCCGUUCCGGUGCCACCCGGGGUCGGCCCCGCGUACGGAGAACCAGACCUGGUCAUCGAGGUGGCCGGUCGCCGGCUGCGGGCGCAUAAGGCGGUGCUGGCGGCGCGCAGCGACUACUUCCGCGCGCGCGCGUCACGGGACGUUCUGCGGGUGCAAGGCGUGAGCUUCACGGCCCUGCGGCUGCUGCUGGCGGACGCCUACAGCGGGUGCAUGGCGGGCGUGCGACCGGACAACGUGGCCGAGGUGGUGGCCGGUGCGCGCCGCCUCCAGCUACCCGGCGCUGCGCAGCGCGCCACCGAUGCCAUGGCGCCGCAUCUGAGCCUGGACAACUGCUACGAGGUGCUGAGCGCCGGCAAGCGGCAGCGGCUGAGCGAGCUGCGCGACGCCGCCUACCGCUUCAUGAGCGACCACUACCUGGAGGUGCUGCGCGAGCCCGCCGUCUUCGGCCGCCUGUCCGGUGCCGAGCGCGAUCUGCUGCUGCGGCGCCGCCUGGCUUCGGGCCGCGCCUGCCUGCUGGCCGCCGCGCUCGGGCCAACCGGGGAGCGCGCGGGCAGCCGUCCGCAGAGCCCGUCCGGGGACGCGGAGUCGCGCGGGGACGCGGCCGUUUAUUGCUACCAGGCGGACGCCGGGGAGUGGCGCGAGCUGACGCGGUUGCCCGAGGGCGCGCCGGCUCGCGGUUGCGGCCUCUGCGUGCUCUUCAACUACCUCUUCGUGGCGGGCGGUGUGGCGCCUGCGGGUCCCGAUGGCCGCGCGCGCCCGUCGGACCAGGUGUUUUGCUACAACCCGGCCACCGAUUGCUGGAGUACCGUGCGGCCGCUGCGCCAGGCGCGCUCUCAGGUGCAGCUACUGGCCCUGGACGGCCACCUGUAUGCCGUGGGCGGCGAGUGCCUGCUCAGCGUGGAGCGCUAUGACCCGCGAGCGGACCGCUGGACCGCGGUGGCCCCGCUGCCCCGGGGAGCCUUCGCAGUGGCCCAUGAGGCUGCCACCUGCAAUGGCGAGAUCUACGUGUCUGGAGGCUCUCUCUUCUACCGCCUGCUCAAGUACGACCCCCGGCGCGAUGAGUGGCAGGAGUGCCCAUGUAGCAGUAGCCGAGAGCGCUCUGCUGACAUGGUGGCCCUCGACGGCUUCCUCUAUCGCUUUGACCUGUGCGGGAGCCGCGGUGACGUUCAGACUGCGGUCGGCACAGGUGGUGGGGUCAGCGUAUUUCGCUACCACUGCCUGGCCAAGCAAUGGAGCCAGUGUGCUGUGCACCUGCGGCCCCCGGGCGCUCCAUCAGGCCUGCAGCCCUUCCGCUGCGCCGCCCUGGACGGUACCAUCUACUGUGUGAGCCGCGCGGGGACCUGGCGCUACGUGCCUUCUCAGGACACUGAGGCUGGUGGCGAAAUGGGACCUGGUGGCAGCUUUGAGCCUGAGCCCCUGGGAUCCCCUCUGGAUGUCCGGGGCGUACUGUUUCCAUUCGUGCUCAACCUGCCUGAGAAACCAGACCGUGGGGAGCAGGGUGCAGCCUAGGACAGGAUCAGCUGGACAACUCCACUGUCCAGCAACUGGGGCGGGGAACGGGAGGGGGGCAGGAAGGGUUGCAAGUCAGUGGACUAGCCCCCCCCCCAGUGGGGAGGGAGGGCAAAGAGGGUGCAGGAAGAGAGGGACCUCCGCAUAGGCCAGGCUGCUGGCCACACUGUAUCAUGCCAACGCUUUGAGAGUGUAAGCUUCGCUCGUUCAGAAGACAUUUUUGCAACGCUGUUUUAAGUCCUGCUUUGCAGUGCCGGAUUCUCCUGUUGCUUCAAUUGCUUAGUGAGUGUCAUGGCAUAAAGUUUGGGAAGAUGCAGAUAACCCGAUGCCUAAGGGAAGAGGUAGAGGCCACAGAUGAAGUUGGGAGCAGGGGCGGACAGGAGGUGUAAUAAGGAGCCUGUCCAGUUCCUUCCUUACCAGUGACUGCAAGGUCCUCAAGACUGAAUGGUGUCCUAAAGUAGGCCAGGCAUCAAUGCAACUGCAGAGGGAGGGUCACAGCCCGCACUGAGAUUUAAAACCAUAACUUAUAAGACCUGAAAAGUUCACUGUGUGAGGCGUAACUUCAAAAAGAGUAAUGUAUCAAGUACCGAAGGUGAAUCUUCGUUGGCCAGCAUGGUUUCUAGUCCCAAACAUACUGUGUCCAACCAUAGACACACAACCAGGCAACCGUGGAGAGGAUGUUAUUAGCUCCGGUGGUCAUUUGUCCUUGCUUAGAUUUGAAAUCUCUGGUGAGGAAAUGCUAUCAGACAGCACGCUGAACGGAAAAGCAUGGCCAGCAGGGGGAGGGGGCAGGCUUCUUAUUGAAAGGCCCCUGGGACAGCAGGCUCUGCAUGCUCACCCGCUUUCCUGUUUCAGAACGAACUAGGGGAAACUUCCCUCCAAAACAAGGUAGAGUCGUGUGUUGAUAGUUGCACUCUGUGAGCUCUCUACUUGGCUAUGUUUCUAAGGUGUCUUCUGUGAUUCUGAUAAGGGAGAUGAAGUGACAACCAUCUCCCAAGAAAGUGUGUGGAAGCCACAUGCUAAGGAGUAGGACAAGGAGAAACAUGUGUGUUUUGUUUAGCAAGUGAGUGACGUUUAUCUAACUCCCGAAAUACCCUAAUAGAGUUAGAGGGAGGUUCAUUCCUAGACAAGGUUACAGGGACCAAACCAAAUCUGUCUUCGCUCAUGCGUUAGGAUGUUGUACAUUUUGAGUACACACAGGCGAGGCUUCCUAUUUAUUAAGAAGUUAAGGACAAAAUGCAUGCUCCCAAGCAACUUGUUCAGAGUCCACACUAGCCCAUUGUUUUAUUGCAACAGGGUCCCUACAUGCUGAGAGUUUCUGAAAGAGAGUUAGAGGAAGCUCCGCACUCACCAUGUCAUCUCCAUGGAAGUCGGUGGUUCGCGGGGAAUUCGGUUAGGCUUUAGAGUCUGCUCUGAGAGGUCACAGUGAAGUGUGUUUACAAACAGCCAGCUUGGUUAUCCUGCAAUGACCCAGGGGGAUGGAGUUUACAGUUUCCAUUUGUGUGUUCCGGUCACUGUGUGUUUUUUCGUGAUUAAGCAUAGACCAAGAUGUCUUGUCAGCUCGGUUAAUCAUCUUAGGAAGGAAAACCAGACAUCUUAUUGCCUGGCUUUAUUGGUCCUUCUCAGGGGUGUCCUGGGGAAAGGGCUGAUGAGCCAAGUGAGAUGAUGUUUGGAGAGAUGUACCUUUUAAUACUGUAGCACCUUUUCCCUCCAGACUGUCAUUUCUACUGUUGGCACCUUCACAUGAAAUCGGUCCCUGUUUUCAUUCCUUAAGUGCCAAACUUACAAAAUACUGUCAUGUGGUUUUGCCUAAGAAGGCAUUCCUCUGACGUUCACUUUUGAAAUCUGGCCUGUUGAGUGACAUGUCCCCGGAGAGGACAGAUGUACACCAGACAGAGGAGUCUUCCUGUGGGGACAGCACACUAGUGUGCCCCACAGGACACAAACAAAACCCAAGCACGUCAAAAGGGUAAAUGUAUUAAUUUGUGAAUCGUGAAAAGAAAACUAGUUCAUUAAUCAUGAACAGAUGUGUGGCCAACCUAUUUUUUUUGAGAACAUACAUAAAAUGUUUUAUAUCCUGAAUCUGAAUAGUGAUCCCCAUAUAAAAGCAAACACAACAAGCACUGUCACGUCUUAGCAACCAUGUAUCUUGUUCUUGGGAUCUGGAAGGUUUGCCACCCAUCUGUCUUAGACUCAUUUCAUGUUGACAUAAAGAACUUAAGGGAGUGGUUUUAUUCUGGCUCAGAGCUCAGGUUACAGUCCCUCAUAUUGUGGUGGCCACAGGGCAGGACCUUGAGGGUUAGCAUUUAAUGCCCAUUACCUCCCAGCUUUCUUUCUCCAUGAGUGCAUCCCCAGGACCCAGUCAGGAAGUGGUGCAUGGCCCACAGGGGGCAGCUCUUUCCGCUCCACAUCAAUGCAAUCAAGGUAGCUCCCAAGAGGCAUUGCUUAGAGGCCCACCUUCCAGGUGAUUCUAGAUCCUGUAAGUUAACACUAACCUUUGUGCAUUACCCCCCACACCCCGACAAAGAGAAGUGAACUCUGUACAGUAUUGGUUUGGUAGUGAAAUGAGCCUCCAGUGUGUGAACCUGGGUAGGUCCAUCACGUUCUACAUACUGGCCACACUCUGCAUCUAACUCCACCUAGGAGGGUGGUCUGUGUGAGCACAGAUCUGACCGUCAGCUAAAAGAGUCAAAUAAGGCUAAUGUGACCUCGAGAUAUUUAACCCUUGCAUGCUGACACCACAAUUGUUAUAAAGAACAGCGCUUCUUUAAGGGGAUAAUGAUUGACAGACAAAGGAUCGACCUUUUGUUUGGUUGGUGGGUAGUUAUGUUUGUUUUGCCAGGGUUCAUUUGGGAUCCUAGGCAACGAGCUAAUGUUUCUUGGUUUUUUUUCUGUUUUGUACUUUGACAUGGGACAAGCCCCACCUCUGGCUCUGGUGCAGACUCUUGGCAGCUUUGAGGACUUGGAAUGUGGUGACUCGGUUUCUAAGGAAAGGGUGGCAGGAGUUUCUUUUACUCUAAGAAAAUGAAUGUCGUGGAAGUUUUGUUGGCUGCUUAGUUUGAUUUCUUACCUGUAUUGCUUUUGCUGUGCUGACAAAAAGCAAUGAACAGCGAGCGAUCUCUAGCAGUUGUGGCGGCAGCGACAGUGCGAGCUGUUAGCCAGCUUUGUCCAGUGUUGUAACUGAAUGCCUUUGAGGGCCCUGCUGAAGUGAAGGAGAGUCAGGACGUGGCCAUAAGGCUUGCGGAGCAUCUGGGUGUCAGGUGGGAGCCAACGUGCUCUUUAGCUUUGGGUUUCAGUUUAAGUGCCUUCCCUAACUUACAGAACGCUUUCAUUUUGAGUCCCGAGAACUUUUAACAUCCCCGUUUCUUCCGUGAUACUGUUCACAAGGAAGUAAUGGCCCAAGCUGAAAGUGGAACCCUGACAGCCAUCUAGCUGCAUCUGCAUUUAUCCAAGCGGCCGUUGUCACGUACGCUCUGUCCACAUCCACCAAGAAGGCUGGCCUGUGAGACGCUGAAGAUCCUGGCGGGAAGUCGACCCUGGCAGCAACUUCACAUGGCUUUGUGGACAGGUUUGGGUUGAAGUAAAAGUCUAGGUGUAUUCUAACGUGAGGUUGCAGCCCCGCCCCCUGCCCCCCCGCCCCUGCCCCACCCCCAUGCUCGGUAGAUCUCUCACCAGUACCUACUAACGAGUACUCACACGCUGCGGUUUAGUGAAGGUCUGUACCUGUUUAAGGGAAAGUCAGGCCGGCCCUUACCGGAUGUGUAGUUAACUGUGCUAACGCUUGAGUUUUAUCCUCGGCAGAAAUACUGUAAAACCCUUUGUGUUUGUCACCUGUGCCAAGACGAAAUAAACCAUGUGCCAGCGCUUCUGGAA